UCCACGGUAGCAGCGGGGGCGGGGGAGAAUCAAUGCGCGGGGUGAAGGGGGUCACCAACAUGGCGGAGGGCUCAAAUGGGAUCGCCAGCUCGGGCGGUGGAGGCGGCGGUGGAGGUGGCGUUGGCGGUGCCGCCGUCGCCCCGGCCGGCGUGGGCUGGGAGGACCGCGACUUCGAGGUGACGGCCGAGAUGAUGCUGCACGACGUGGACAACGAGAGGACGCUGGACGAGGAGGAGGCACUCGAGGGGGACACGGACUUCACGUCCGAGAUCAACGACCUGGAGAAGGAGGGGGAGAUGCCGCUGGACCAGCUGCUGGUUCUCUACGGCUACGGCAGCACUGUCCCCUUGCCCAACGCGGCGGGUAACGGCACAGACGCGCACGAGGAGGAGGGGGAGGGUGAGGAGGAGGGGGAGGAGGGGGAAGAGCGGGAAGAGGAGGAGGGACCGACGCAGCAGCAGCAGCAGCAACCGUCGGAGAAACCCGGCGGAAAGGUGGGCAUUGAGGCUGGGCCCAGCGUCGAUGGGGAGGAGCCAGAGCAAGAAGAGGCGGAGCCCCUGCAGGAAGCUGACGGCGUGGGGGAGAAGGCGGAGGAGGAGGCGGUGGCGGCGGCUCGGACCGGAGAGGAGGGCGAGGAGAUGGAGGAGGAGGGCGAGGAGACAGAGUCAUCCGCCGACGACCUCGUGCCCCUUGCCGGUUCUGCCGAGCGGCCGGACCUCCUGACGCGGACGUUGCGCUCGCGAGCUCUGCUGGGCGAGGGAGACAAGGGCAGCUCGGAGUCGGAGGACGACGAGGACUACAUGCCGUCCGACGACUGGAAGAAAGAGAUCAUGGUGGGCUCCAUGUACCAGGCCGAGGUGCCCACGGGGAUUUGCCGCUACCAGGACGGCGAGAAGGCGUACGAGGGCGAGGACCAGCUGCUGUGGAGGCCGUGCCCGCUGCUGCUCGACGGCGAGCUCGAGGGAUUCCUGCGCGAGGCCGCCAGGCCCGGCGGGGAAGGGGACGAUAACGGGGUUGGUGGAGGGGGAGAAGGCGAUGGAGAGGGGGGAGGGGGAGAUGUUGUAGGGCCCGGCGGGGGGGUCGGGGGAGGGGGCGGCGGGGGCCUCCACGCCAUCCCUGAGGGCAACCACGUGCGCGAUCGCGAGCAGGCUCUGUACGAGCUCAUGAGGAGCGACUACGAAGCUCGCCGAGCACUCGCCAAGAUGCGCUCCAACGAGCGCGCCGUGAAAGAGGAGACGGGCUGGACCGAGGAGGAGUGCCGCGACUUCGAGAACGGCCUGCGUCUGUACGGCAAGGACUUCUUCCAGAUACAGCUCAACAAGGUUCGCUCGCGGACCGUGGGCGAGUGCGUGGCCUUCUACUACAUGUGGAAGAAGUCGGAGCGCCACGACUUCUUCGCCAGGCAGCACCGGCUGAGCAAAAAGAAGUACAGCCUGCACCCCGGCGUCACGGACUACAUGGACCGGCUGCUGGACGAGUGCGAGGGCGCCACGUGCCUGCCGUCGCCGGGGCCGCUCACGCUCACGCUGCGCACGGACGCGCUGUCGGGGCCCUACGCCUUCCCCUCGCUCGUCAUCAAGGCCGAGAGGCAGCCGUCGCCACCGCGGGGUCCGGCCGCCCCUCCGGACGCCGAGGGGCCGCCGCGGGUGCACGCACGCCUGGCGCCGCCCCCAACGCCGCCACUGCCGCCACUGCCGCCACUGCCGCCACUAUGUCCAGUUGAAGGCACUGGGGGCCCAGCACCCGCAGCGCCACACAACGGCACCGACGCGCACGCCGGACCGGACGAGGAGACGCCGCCGUCACCACCGCCCCGCGCCGUCGCCACCACGACCACCGCCUACACCAACGGCGUCGCCGCGAACCACAGGACCGGCACCGUAGCUACCGGCACCGUAGCUCCCGGCACGGCAGCGCGCGGCCGCGACGCCUCGGCCGCAUUGCCCACGGCCGCCACAGCCGCGACCGCCGCCGCCGUCGAGCGCGCGGACGAACCUUCGGGCGUCGCCUCGACGGGUGACGUCAAGGUGGAGGCGGAUGACGGAUCUAACGGUGACGGUGCCACUCAGCUGACGGAUCUAACGGUGACGGUGCCACUCAGCUGA